AUGGCUUCCUCCCCCGAGAAGAAGCAAAAGACUGCAUCGACGUCGCGCGUCGGUUCGCUGCUGCGUUUCUACCGCACGCCAGCGCUCACGUCGCACGCCACGCGGACGCUGUUGUCCUACUUGUGUGCCCAAGUCGACGCGGACCCGGACUUACACGUAAACAAGCUCGUGACCGAGUACUGUUUCUACAUUGAAACAGCGGCGACAACGACUGGCAAAGACGAGGCGCCCGGCGCCACGUUGUCCGCGCCCGACUAUGAGACACUGCAGUGGCUGCUCAGUGAGACGUUUGAGCCCCAGCACACACGUGCAGCGGAUCCGUUUCUUGAAGCAAAAGACCCGACAACGGAAUACCUGGUGGAAGUGGGACCGCGCAUGAACUUUACCACUGCGUGGUCCAGCAAUGCUGUCGCGAUUUGUCACGCCUGUGGACUCACUUCGAUCAAGCGCAUUGAACGGGCAACGCGGUACUUGGUGCGCUACCGGGCUGCCUCUUGUGACGCUGUCGAGACGCUGAAAAGCGCGCUAUUGCGUCAGGAAUGCGAUCGAAUGACGCAGCAAGUGUACGAUGAGCCGCUGACGAGCUUCUGGCAUGGCAAGACGGUACAGCCUGUCCGCACGGUCCCCGUCAUGGAACGAGGAAUCGAUGCGCUCAAGGAGAUCAAUGACGACAUUGGACUGGGGUUCGAUGACUGGGACUUGCAGUAUUACAUGAAUCUGUUCAAAGAUAAGCUGCGUCGCAACCCAACUGAUGUCGAGUGUUUUGAUAUGGGUCAGAGCAACUCGGAACACUCGCGGCAUUGGUUUUUCGGUGGCAAGAUUGUUGUGGACGGCCGCGAGAUGCCUCAGACACUUUUCCAGAUGGUCAAGGAUACGCUCACAGAGACUGCCAAGCAAAAUAGUAUCAUUGCGUUCCACGACAACUCGUCUGUGGUCAAAGGUGCUAACAUUGUGACGCUCGGACCUGUGACUCCUGGGGAGCCCUCGCCUGUGCAGGAACGCACGCUCGACAGCCACCUGCUACUGACUGCUGAGACCCACAACUUCCCGUCAGGUGUGGCGCCGUUUCCCGGUGCUGAGACUGGAACCGGUGGUCGCAUCCGUGAUGUGCAGGCCACUGGUCGAGGUGCCAAUGUUGUCGCUGGUAUCAGCGCCUACUCUGUGGGCAAUCUUAACCUAGAGGGCUACCGGCUUCCGUGGGAAGACGAGAAACUAGAGUAUCCGUCCAACCUUGCUCACCCGCGUGACAUUCUCAUUCAGGCUUCCAACGGUGCUUCAGACUAUGGCAACAAGUUUGGAGAGCCCGUGGUGACGGGAUUCGCCCGUUCAUUCGGUAUGGUGCUGCCGAAUGGCGAGCGUCGUGAGUACAUUAAGCCGAUCAUGUUUUCAGCUGGUCUUGGCCAGCUAGACGGUCGUCACUGCACCAAGGGCGAACCAGAGAUUCAGAUGUGGGUCGUGAAGAUUGGCGGGCCGUGUUACCGUAUUGGCAUGGGCGGUGGUGCUGCUUCGAGUCGUAUCCAGGACGCCAAGACUGCUGAACUAGAUUUUAAUGCCGUGCAGCGUGGCGACGCUGAGAUGGAGUGCAAAUUGAACAAAGUGAUUCGUUCCUGCUGCGAUAUGGGCGAGAAGAACCCGAUCGUAUCGAUCCACGACCAGGGCGCUGGUGGCAAUGGUAAUGUGUUGAAGGAGAUCGUCGAAGUGUCGAACUCGAAGCCCGGAGAUGCGAAUCGCGGUGGUGCUCGCUACGAGGUGCGCAACAUCCUGGUCGGCGAUGACACGCUGUCCGUUCUCGAGAUCUGGGGUGCUGAGUACCAGGAGAACGACGCACUUCUGCUCCGUCCAGAGCACGUUGAGCUCUUUGACAAGAUUUGCAAGCGUGAGAAAUGUCCGUACGCGCUGCUGGGCCAGGUGACUGGAGAUGGCCACGUGGUUUUGCACGACUCGAAGGACGACUCUACUCCUUUCGAUCUGGAUCUUGACCUUGUGCUCGGCAAGAUGCCGCAAAAGACCUUUAUCGAUACGAAGGCUACAGAGAUUGUUUCGGAGCUAUCACUUCCCGUGGAUAUUACUCUGCGUGAUGCACUGGACCGUGUUUUGCGUCUUUUAUCAGUCGGCUCGAAGCGGUUCCUCACUAGCAAGGUGGAUCGCUCCGUGAGCGGUCUGAUUGCACAGCAGCAGACUGUGGGUCCACUCCAGCUGACUCUCGCAGACUGUGCUGUUGUGGCGCAGUCCAAUGUGCCGAAUGGAGAUGGCAAGUUCUCUGGUGUGGUGAGCGCGUGUGGAGAGCAGCCUAUCAAGGGCCUGGUGAGUCCUGGAGCCAUGGCUCGCUUGAGCGUGGGCGAGUCACUGACGAACAUGGUAUGGGCGGCUCUUGGUGGACGUGGUCUCGAUGACUGCAAGUGCUCUGCCAACUGGAUGUGGGCGGCUAAGCUACCCAAUGAAGCUGCGUGCAUGUACGAGUGCUGUGAAGCGAUGACUACUUUCAUGAAGCAGGUGGGCGUAGCUGUUGAUGGUGGCAAGGACUCGCUGUCCAUGGCUGCAAAGGUGAACAAGAAGGACGUGAAGACGCCUGGUACACUUGUGAUUACUAUGUACGCUCCGACGGAGGACGUGGAGCUGAAGGUGACGCCUGACCUCAAGACCCACAUCGAUAACAGCCUGCUGUACUACAUAGACGCGGGCAAGGGCGAGAACCGAUUAGGUGGUUCUGCUCUUGCGCAGGUGUAUGGCCAGGUCGGGAACGUGUCCCCAGAUGUCGAGGAUGUCGAGCUGUUCAAGAACGCGUUCAAUGGCAUCCAGACUGCUAUCAAAAAUGGCCACCUGCUUGCUGGUCACGAUCGUAGCGAUGGCGGUCUCAUUGUCACGCUGCUGGAGAUGGCGUUUGCCGGCAAUUGCGGUGUCGAUGUCGACAUUCCAUUCGCGGGUGACAAGGUCUCAACGAAGGACGUGAUACAGGUGCUGUUCGCUGAAGAGCUUGGUUUCGUGUUCCAGGUCGCUGUUGGCCAGCACGCCACCGAAGUGGAAGCCAUCUUUGGCAAACUGAACGUGCCGCUUGUGAAGCUGGGUAAGGUCACUACUGAUGGCGUUAUUAGCGUGCGCAUCAAUGGCGAAAGUGUGAUUCAGGACCAGAUGGUGGACCUCCGAGACGUGUGGGAGGCGACGAGUUUUGAGCUUGAAAAGCGUCAGUGCAACCCCGAGUGCGUGGCACAGGAGCAGCGUUCGUUGCGUACCCGCACAGCUCCCUCAUGGAAAGUGACUUACGAGCCGGAGCCGACGCCAGAGCGCCAAUUGAGCACGCGUGCCCAGCACCGCGUUGCUGUGCUUCGUGAGGAGGGUAGCAACGGGGAGCGGGAGAUGCUUGCUGCAUUCCACCACGCAGGUUUCGAGGUCUGGGACAUCACAAUGUCGGAUCUUGUCAACAAGCGUGUGGUUUUGGACGAGCGUUUCCGUGGCGCUGCGUUUGUGGGUGGCUUCACUUUUGCUGAUGUACUUGGCUCGGCGAAAGGCUGGUCGGGUGUGGUGAAAUAUCACGGUGACGUGCUGAAACAGUUUACGGCGUUCAAGGCUCGCGAGGACACGUUUAGUUUUGGUGCGUGCAACGGUUGCCAGUUCAUGACGCUGCUAGGCUGGCUCGACCACCCGGAGGCCAAGGCGCUGGAAGAGGAGACGCAGACGUCUGCUCAGCCGCGGUUCGUGCACAAUGAAUCUGGACGCCAUGAGUCUCGUUUCGUGUCGGUGCAGAUUCAAGAGUCGAACUCGGUGAUGCUGCGUGGCAUGGCUGGCUCUUCCAUUGGCGUGUGGGUCUCGCACGGCGAAGGCCGCGCGCACUUCACGCACGCAAAGAUGCAGGAAAAGUACGUGUCGAGGGGUGCAGCUCCUAUUCGGUACGUGGACGACUCGAAUGUGCCGACGGAAGAGUACCCGUUCAACCCGAACGGCUCCCCCGAAGGCAUUGCCGGUCUCGUGUCGAGCGACGGGCGUCACCUGUGCCUCAUGCCGCACCCCGAGCGCUGCUUUUUGAAGUACCAGUGGCCGUACCUGCCGGCGGACUUUGAAAAGCAUGCUGCAAGCCCGUGGAUGCGAAUCUUCCAGAAUGCCAAGACUUUCUGUGAAGCUUCGUCUUCGUAG